AUGCCUCUUUCUUUCUCACUCGUCUUUGGUGUCUCAUGCAUCGCAGUCGCAUUGGCCGACCAGGUGCCAUCGUCCUGGAGGCAAGCCAAUAUCACCACCUCGGUCGCAGAUCGAAUCAGUACCGCCAAAGCGGCCAUAGACGAGGCUGUUUUUAAUAUUGACACAAGCUCUGGACAAUUCCCUGACCCUGGCGCCUAUGGUCUUGCGGGAACGUUACUCUCACAGCUCGCCGAAUUCGACCACGCUACCAAUCAGUCCAUCUAUCAAGACAAGUUGCUGAACCUUUGGCCAGCGGCAGCGAAGACGGUCAGUGGACUUGGUGGAGUCGUCAACCUCACUGGAUCUUUUAAUUAUGGACAUGCGGCAGCAACAGCCUACAAAGUCUACAACAACCCGAGCUUCCUCCCCUACGCCGAGCAGUCGUGGUGGGCAGCAAAUGGGUACACUAUCAGUGCUGCCGAUCUGAAAAAUGGAUCCACGAGUGUGAAGAACUACACCCUGUCGACGAAUUGUGUUGGUAUCACAAUGGCCGGUGGUACCUUCCGGGCCAAAGAUAAAAAUGAUCCCACCAUUAAUGCCUUGUCGACGGGAGGUUUCCUGGCACUAUCUGCCCUUCUGGCGGAAUCCACCAAGAAUCCAAUAUACCUUGAUGCUGCAACACUGUCGUUGGAUUUUAUGCACGCCCAUCUGUACAACGUUCAGAACCUUGUUCAAGACUCGAUUUCGGCAGUUGCGAGCCAAGGCUGCUCAUCGAGCUCGUUAUUAGCUCCACAGAACUCGGGAUUAAUGCUGGAAGGAAUCGCGGUGUUGUACUCGAUCACGGGCAAUGCAACUCUUCAAGACUUAGCAGGAAGUAUUGUUUCAGCUGCGCUUUCGACAACGUCAUGGCAGGGAGCCAACGGAAUUAUAGCUCCUGGCGAUGUCUUUCUUCCUCGUGGGCUGAACGCUGUCUACACCCGAAACGCGCUUCCAACCACACUGCGAACGUAUGUCGCUGCUUAUCUCGGUGUCCAGUUCAACGCGUUGACAACUUUGGCCCGUGCAAACGGAAGUAAUAUAUUUGGACCAUUCACAGGCCCUCCUUCGACCUUUUCGCCCACGAACCAAACAAAUGCAAUUUCGGCCCUCAUUGCUGCUAUCAACGCUAAUCCCAGUUCGGAGUCAAAGACGGGGGCGAACCCGCCUUCCUCCCAAUCUAGUUCCAUAGCGCCUGUCUAUCACUCUUCAUCUUCGAAUACUGGCGCCAUUGUGGGAGGCGUUGUUGGCGGGUUGGCUGUACUCGUUAUUCUUGGCUUCGUCUUCUUCCUGUUGUGGAGAAGGCGGAAACAUAAGCAGUCGACCGUUGAAACCGAUCUUAAUGACGCAUACCCACCAACUCGGGUCUUCCGCCAAGAAGCCACGACGAGUCCGACUCCAUUUAUGAUCAACUCAUCCGUUGUCCCUUCGACCACUCUUUCCACAUCAGUUCUACCCUCGUCAGAGACAGCCUCCUACCAACCGGCCUCCUCUCACAUGAGUGACUCCCAAUCGAACAGUGGUAGCAGCGCCGCUGCAGACUCGAAUGCACCAUUACGAUCUGGGAAAGCACGGCUUGCGGUCAUUGGCAGUCAACCAAAUUCGCCUUCGGAUCCGGAGACAGAUCUCAGCGGCAGACCCAUAUCUUCUGAGAACCGAGCGCAGAUACCAACCGAUGAGCUCGUACGGCUUCUCUACACGAGAAUGAAUGGACAACCUAAUAAUGUGGGUCACUCAGGUCAGCAGAAUGAGGAGGCACCUCCAGAAUACAGCUAG